AUGUUUAUUAUGGGAUCCGUAAUUCACUCUUCACCGAAGUUUUUAUUGAUUAUAUCCCUUGAUAAUAGUCCAGAUCCCAUGUAUAAGGUUAUAUGGACGACCUUAGGCUCUGUACUAUUUUUAAUGGCCCAAACACUAAUGUUAACAAUUCUAGCUAACAUUUUAAAUCUAUAUGAUCAAAUAUAUAGAGAAAAUAGCAUUGAAUAA